AUACUCUAGGGACUUCUAGUGAGAUAUCUCUAUCUAGAUCAUGAAUUAAAUCUUGGUAUUGUUAUUUUUUAUAUGAAGUAAAUAAAAAAUCGUGAAGACAAAUAUACUCUUCUUACUUUCACUCUCGUUGUGGGAAAUUUGAAAUGGAGCAAACCAAACCCUUUAAUAUGUAUUAUAACAGUCUAGAUUUAUUUAAGUUAAAAAUAAUAACCGAUAUAUGUGUACAAAUGGGUGUAUAUUAUAUAUAAAAAGUACGCUAACCUUUUUGUUCAUUCAUAUUUAGGAUAUUCUAAUAAAUUUUCCUAGCAAUUUUCAAUCUUUUUUUUUACUUGGGUCGGGUAGGGUACCCGUGGGUUCGUAUUUUGUUGUCAUCCCUAUUGGUAAUGAUAUGAAAGAGAGGCAAAAUUCGAGGAUAGAGUACGAACAAAGAAGAAUGGAUGUUCAAGAGGUGAUGUUAGAGCAUGAGAAAGAGGAAUGGGCGCACAAGUGGCAAGUGAGGGAGCGUGAAGCGGAAAAGUGGAUUGUUGAGAAGAAAGAGAGGGAAGCCCAAAUACUUCAUGAAAACAUGGAAGAAUUUAUCAAAGCUAACACCGAAAAGAAGAAGUUUUGGAGAAGUAAACAAAAUGACAUCUUGGGGUACGAUCAAUAUGAUCCCAACUCUAAUCCAAGUGAUGGCGGAGAUGGAGGAAGUGAUUAUUAUCCUGUUAUGGAUUAUUGACAAAAGAAGAUCUUAUGGAUACUCUAUUUUCUUUAUUAUUUUCAUGUGUUGUGUGUUGUCUUUGAACUUCAUUCUUUUCAUGUGUUAUGUGUACUGUUUGAACUUUGUUAUUUUCAUGUGUGAUAAAAACUAGUGUUAUUGAAACAUGUUGACUACUACAAGACAAGUUUUAGUGAAGCAUGAAAUACAAACUACCAAACAACAUAAAAUAAAAUUAAAAAUGAAACAUGAAAUACAAUCUACCAUUAAAAAAGACUAGUUAUUGUCAUGCAAAUUUCAAAGAUGCUCAACCAAGUCAGUUCGGAGCACAUGAUGUGUUGUUAGAGAGCGAAUCAUGUUAUUUCUAUCCAAAUAAUCAAUCAAAGUUGGAAUGUGUCGGUUGACUAGUUGAGGUUGCUCAUGGACCUCAUAAUAAAUGCAUGUCAACAUGAUAUUAUUAUAUGUGGCAACAUCCAAACCUCUUGCAGGGUCACACACAAUUGUCCAUCUUGUUUGACCAUGGAUUGUUGAAGGUCUUCACUAAAGUCGACAAUGAGGAAUAGAUACCGUCAAUCAAAUAAUAACAUUGAUCAUAAGCAUGACCAUUUACAUCAAAUAGUACAUGUGGAGCACUUAUAUUGACGAUACGAUCAAACAGUGAGACAUCCCCAAAACACUUAUAUUGGUGUCUGAUCCAACUGACCCAAGGAGAGCGUGUUGUAUCCAUGUGUUGUAUAAGGCCACCGACUUGAGAAUGAUUGUUGGCCUACGCAUGUGGCCAGUGUAGAGUCCUACCCAACCACUUGAACAGUUCCUCUAUUCCCAAUGCAUGCAUUCAAUAGGUUUAAACAUCCCCAAAAAGCCACAACUUGAGGAUUUACGAAGUAAGAUCCUUAAAUUAACUAGAAUUGGUGUGCGAAGGUAUGUGGUCUCAUACAUGUUGAUAACGUUGUUGAAAAAAUUUAUGGAAAUAGUGAUACUUGACCAAGGCCAUCACGCCUUAGCACAAAUGAGGGGUCAAACCUCACAAUGUCACCCAUAAUGUGAUGGAAUAACCUUGGUUGCAACCUUUAGAGCCUUAUGAAUAUGUGGGCAUUGAAAACCAUAUUUGGAUCGAAGUAAAUCAUCCUCAUAAGACGUCGAUUAGAUUCGACCAUUUCGUGAUCAAUGUGAGUUUGACUUGUAGUUUGACGUUGGUUAGAUGAGCCUUCGGUCAACUUCCAAUUGAUUAAACUCAAACGUAGGUGGUGAUACCUUUUUUAUUCUUUGAUUUCAUCGUCUCCUCCAGACGAUGAGCUAUCUGAGAUACUCAUGAUGAAUGUGUUUGUUUUAGAAAUGAGGAGAAUUUUCGAAUGAAUUAAAUGACAAAUGAAGAUGAUCAUUUAUAAAUUCAUAUGGUCACAAAAUGACAAAAGGACAUAAGGUAACGACUACAAAAAAAUGUCAUAUUUGGAUCGGUCUCUUAAUUAUCUGCAACAAAUUGACGACUAAUUUUGUGAAAUUUUAAAAAUCACAUCAAGUUUUUUCAAAAUUAAUAAUGAAUACUGAUAUGAUGUAAUCAAAUUAUUUUGUCAAACAUAAGACUUCACACCAACAUCAUAUCAACAUCAUAUCACUAUGGCAAGUCUUCACAAUACUCAUCUCACGAGUCAUCAUGAUCUUACCACUAUGGUAUCACUGAAAACAUCAUCAUGCCAUUGUCAUAUUAUCAUGAUAUGACAGGUGUAUGAUGACAUAUCUCUUUCGAUUUAACUUGAAAAAUUACUAUUCUACAAUUAAAGAAGUCAUUAAUUAUAAGCUAUACAAUGAUAUCUUUUUUUGUCAAUAGCUCACUUGCAUUACCAAGAAGAAAGAUAUAUAGUUUUCAACACAAAGCUCACCCAAGAGUUUAAAUCAAAUCCCGAAAUACUCAUAAGACACAAUAAAAGGCCUUUUUCAGC